ACACCUGUGUUGCAAGACUCGAGCCACCUUCUCCUCGUCUCCAAUUCCUCAUCCUCCCCAUCGAAUCAGAGCGAAAACCCUAGCUUCCAAUGCCUCCAGCGGGGAUGGCCCCAUCCGCCGCGGACGAGUCGAGCUCUCCGGCGCCCGCCGUCACCGAGGGAGAGACCCCAGGGGGGGUGGUGGCGGCCGGUGUUGGGGGUGCGAUUGAGGAAGGUGCCGAGGGCAAUGCGAUGGAGGUAGAAUCUGGAGCUGCGGCUGCGGUUGAGGAGUUCGGGGAGGAGCCUGAGGAGGCCACGGGGGUGGAGCUCGAUGACGAGGAGGCGGAGGAGGGUGAGGGGGAUGCGGGGGAGGAGGAAGAGGAGGCUGCGGAGGAUUUGGAUGAAGCGGUUAAGAAGGGCGGCGAUGAGGAGACCGUGAUGGAGCCACUGGCAGUGGUGAAGCCCGGGGAGGCGCAGGAGAACGCCGAAGAGCCCCGGGAGAAAGAGGGAGAGGAGGAUGAACCAAGUGAGAUGGAUGUGGAAUCCAAGGAAGCGGCAUCGGAGAAGGAAGGCGAGGGGAUUGCAGAUGACGCCAUGAAGGCCAUCGUAGAGGGAUCCGCAGUACACGACAUGAACGAAUUACCCAAAGAGGAACCUGGAGAAUUCGGAGGUGAUGGUAAACAUGGAGACAACAAUCAGGAUGGAGUUGCUGACCAAUCAAACAACAAUGGUGAUGCUGGUGGAAGUGGAAAUUGUGAUGCGCAGAAUGGUGAACUUGCUGGAGACCUUGAAAUAUUUGUUGAUGAAUUGCCUAAAGAUUGUGUUGAGGAAGACUUUGCAAUGGUCUUUUCACAAUGCGGGGAGAUCAAAUCUGUUAGGAUAAUUAAAAACCCAUCAACCGAAAAGAGCAAAGACAUUGCUUUUGUUUGUUACGCAAACAUUGAAGCUGCAAAGAAGGCUCUUGCUGAAUUUAAGGAGGGAAUUGAGGUAAAAGGCAAAAACAUUAGGGUAUCCGCUUGUCAAGAUCAUAAUACCCUUUACCUGGGAAACAUCUGCAAGAGCUGGACAAAAGACCAGGUGCUGAACACCUUAAAAAGUAUGGGAAUUGGACAGCUUGAGGUGAACUUGCGCACUGAUAAAAAGGGAAGAAACAGAGGGUUUGCUUUUCUUGAAUUUGCCUCUCAUUACUAUGCCAGAGCUGCAUUUCAUCAGUUAAUGAGACCAGAUGCUAUUUUUGGCAUUGAUAGAAGCGUGAAAGUAUCUUUUGCUCGAACACGCACAGAACCCAGUGAGGAGUUUCUUAUGGAGGUUAAAACAGUAUACCUGGAGCAUGUUCCUCUUUCUUGGGAUGAGGGGAAAAUCAAAGAAUGUUGUGAAGGAUAUGGAAAUAUUCAGAAUGUUAACCUUUUCCAGAUAUCAAACAACACAGAGAAGAAUUUUUUUUCUUUUGUUGAAUUCUCAUCCAGCAAGAGUGCAUUAGCUUGUGUGGAAGGAAUAAACAGUGCAAAGAUUGUUGAUGGAGGCUUUAAGUUGUCUGCAAGUCUUGCUCGGCCUAAAGGUGAGUUUAAGAUCAAUAGUGGAGCAGCUUCGGAAGAUGCUAACACAUCUAAGAAGAAAAAAGAUCAUACAGAGGAGGAUGUUGUAAAGAAUUCACCACAUAAGCCAGAAGGUAGUAAGAGAAAACUAACCUCUCGGACAAAGGGGGUUGCCGUGAAGAGAUCACCAAAUAAUCUGCCAAAAGGUAAUCAGAGCAAGCUAUUCUCUCAAGGUGCUGCAGAAGUACCGCAGUCAUCCAACCCUCCUAAAGGGAAAAUGACAGUUGUACAGAAUAAAAAUACCUCUAUAAACCAAAGACCAUCGAGGAAACCCCGGAGUAAUCGUAAUGUUGAUGAGAGCAAGCGAACCUUUCAAGGUGCUGCAGAAGUACUGCAAACAUCCAACUGUUCUAGAGGGAAAAGGAAAGCUGGAAAAAAUAGAAAUGCCUAUACAAACGAAAGGCCAUCAAAGAAAGCACAAAAUAAUCGUAAUGUUCUGACAGUACCUUCCAACACAACAUAUCUUGGUGGUUAUGCUAGGGGUACAGGGCAACCUGCAGGACCUCAAUAUGCACCUAAUUCUCAAGGUCACCCCAGUGUGCGUGCGACUUCAAGAUCUAAAGCAUAUGCCUCUGAUCUGGAACCUCAUGCUGGGUACAUCCCUCCUACAAAUCGAGUUCGCAGCACCCAUGCGGAUGAUCGCCAGAGAAAUGCACAGUACACUAUCCAUCAGACAGACGUUCCUCUUUAUGCUAGAGAAACGGUAGAUGCACACCCAGCCUAUUCUGGCUACACAAGCCAUGCUAUCUCUCAGGCUGGAUACGCCUAUGUCUACCCACCCGUUCCACCUCGAAGUGGAUCUUAUUACCCAGGAAGUGGUCUGUUCAUCCCUCGAAGAGGAGAUUACUGAGAUAAAAAUGCGACUCCAUGAUUCCAUUUGAUCCCAAUGAUAACAGAAGCAGUUCCCGUUGCUUGUUAAAGAUGACUGCUUUUACGCUAGUCGUUAAAUGCUUCAGGAGCGUGUGCUGUGUGUUUGUGUAGAUAGCGUUAAUACUUCACUAGAUGUAUGCCGCUGAGAUGGCCAGAUGGAAUGGUGAAAGGUACUUGGCAUGAAUGCUGUUAGUACUCGCCUGUUAUCAACCCAACAUGCACAGGAGAUUGUUGUGCGACCGUAGAGUAUAAGCAUGUUUGGAUACGCAUCUCAAAAUCUGCACUUAUUUGAUGUACUAAAGCACCCCUAUAAAAUGUCUUGUAUACAACCAUGUUUAGAUCAGAA